CAAGUUUCGUCGCGAUGCAAGUGAAAAAUGUUCCAACAAUUAGGCGUCAGCGUGCUGCUUUUCAUGUCAUUCGUCAUUCGUGGAAGUUGCAGGGAGGGUUCGAUGGACUUGGACUUCAACUUCACACGGCCAAUUAAACGCCAUCCCAAACCCACGAAGCCGACCGCCACGAGCCAGCAAUCGCCGAUCAACUUCCACACUGCCGACGCUGUCCCGAAAGGAUACCCUCCGUUAAGAUUCCAUGGACACUUCCAUUUGUCGCCCGAAAAUUCGCCCAUGAUUAAAAACGACCAUGGGACAGUCCAGAUCGGUGAGUCUCGGAGAGGAGAAAACCGGGCAACUAUGACGGGAGGCCCGCUCAACGGAACGGCGUAUCGUUUCGCUCAGUGUCAUUUUCAUUGGGGCAAUCAGAGUGAUGUUGGCAGUGAACAUACUGUCGAUGGCCAUCCAUACUCAAUGGAAGUGCAUUGUGUUCAUCAUAACACCAAGUACGAUUCUGUUGACACAGCUCUUGGGCAGGCGGAUGGCAUAUGUGUCGUGGCAUUUUUCUUAAAGGCAUCGCCGAAGAAGAGCGCGGAUAGUAAUCUCUUCAAUCUGAUCGUGCGACACCUGAGCAGGAUCCGAGAAGACGGUUCGGAGGACUUUGCAGAGCCGAAUAUCCUCUCGGUGUUCAAACCGUACGCCACUCCGAACGGCUGGCACACCUACAUCGGCUCCCUCACCACUCCGCCGUACACCGAGAGUGUUCGCUGGAUCGCUUACCCCGGGGCACCGGUUCAAGUCACCGAUCAACAGGUGGGACUGUUCCGCCACUUGAAAGACAAUCACGGUGCUAUGAUCGGUUCAAAUUUUCGAGAGAUUCAACCUUUGAAUGGAAGGACGAUCUCGAUGGCUCAAGAGACUCAACAGUGAUAUUGAUAGAGGCACAAAGUGGGAAGUUUUCCUCGAACUAUAUUUCAAAUGUGCAAUAAACUUGAGUGAAUUUUU